AUGCCGAGACGCUGCUUCUCCCUCGGCGGCUGCGGCCCGGGACUCAGGAGGAGGACCCAGGUUCUAAUCCCGGCUCCCCCGCGUGCCUGCCGGGUGAACUCGGGCCAGCCAUUUCGCUUCCGCAGGCCGCGCCCUCGCCCGCCGAGACUGGCACUCACCGGGGCCCGGGGCUGGCGGUGGAUGCGGCCCUGGGGUCAGGGGGUGUCCAGGGUGGGCCUGGGGGGCUUCCGGGGGGCGGUGGCGGAGGUGACCAUGGCCGUGACGGUGGUGAUGGAGUCGGUGUGGGCCCGGCGGCUCCCGGGCCCGGGGCCGGCGGGCGGGAAGGGCACGGAGGGCAGGUGGCGGAAGACAGAUCCGGCCGCGGCCUCGCUUCCCUCGUUUUCCGGCCUAGUCCGGCGGGAGACCGGGAGCCCGCCGUUGGGCCACGCCCCCAUCCGUCCCUACGCAUGCUCAGGACCCCGCCCUACGCUUCUGCGCAUGCGCCGGCUACCCCUCCUCCCCUCCCACCGGCCGUCAAGACGCAUGCUCCGGACCCCGCCUCUCUCCCCUCCCCAUGACGUCACAGACUCGCUCCCGCCUCUGCGCAUGCUCCGGACCCAGCCUCUCUCCCCUCCCCAUAACGUCACACGCUCGGUCCCGCCUCCGCCUCUGCGCAUGCUCAGUACCCCGCAUUCCUCCCCUCUCACCCUCCCUGCCUCACGCCCGACGCCUGUACGCAUGCUCAGCCCCGCGACCCCUGGCGGGUGUCAGUGGGACCUACAUCCCCUUCUACGCAUGCUCCAAAAGCCGCGCCCCCCCCACCUCCCGUCGCUUGUGCGCAUGCGCUAUCCCUCUGCGCUCACCCCCUUCCCGACGUGCGGCAGUGGGCCCCGCCCCCGCUUCUACGCAUGCUCCGGCCACCGCCCCCUCCCGGCCCAUCGCUUGUGCGCAUGCGCUCCCCCUCGCUACCCCCUCUCCUCUGACGUACGGGCCAAGUGUGGGCCCGGCCCUCGCUUCUACGCAUGCUCCGGCCACCGCCCCCUCCGCGCCCUUCGCUUGUGCGCAUGCGCUGUCCCUCACGGCGCCCCCCCCCCCCCUCCUCCCGACGUGCGGCUCAAGAAGUGGGACCCGCCCUUGCCUUUACGCAUGAUCCGUUCGCCGCGCCCCUCCUCCCGUCGCUUGUGCGCAUGCGCCAUCCUUCGCGCCCCGCUCUCCCCUGACGUGUGGGCCAAGAGCGGUCCCGGCCCUCGCUUCUACGCAUGCUUCGGCCACCGCCCUCCCCCCCCCCGCCCGUCGCUUCUUCUACGCAUGCUCCGACCGCCGCCCCCUCCCGGCCCGUCGCUUUUGCGCAUGCGCCGUCCCUCACGGCCCCCCCCCGACGUGGGGCUCAAGAGUGGGCCCGGCCCCCGCUUCUACGCAUGCUCCGGCCACCAGCGGGGGGGCCCCCCACCCCUCCCGUCGCCUGCGCGCAUGCGCGCUCUCCCCUCACGGGCGGUCCAAGAGUGGACCUGCCGCCCGUCGCUUAUGCGCAUGCGGCAUCCCUGGCGCCCCCUCCUGACGUGCGGCAGAGUGGGCCCCGUCCCCGCUUCCGCGCAUGCUCCGUUCGCCGCGCCCCUCCCCGGCCCGUCGCUUGUGCGCAUGCGCUGUCCCUCCCCGACGGUGGAUCGGACCGGACCGAACCGGAUCGGACCGGAUCGAACCGGGCCGGACCGGGAAGAUGAACGGCUGACCCCAGACAGGCUUCUGCGGCCUAGUCCGGCCCGAACCGGUCCGAACCGGUCCGAUCCGGUCCUGCCCCUCAGGGACAAGCCGGGACGGACGGAGGAAGAACCCGAGCAGGGACAUUCCUCCAGAUGCCCCCGGGGCCACGUCACCGCGGUGCCCACCUACUCACCCACCGGCCCGGCCCGACCGGCCGGGCACAUUCCGGUCGCUCCGACGGGCUCCGUAGUGACCUCAUUCCGGGGCGGUCGGAUGUUUCCGGCUGCGGCCACCGGCCUGAUUGUUGGGGAGGGGGCGGGCAGGCCUCCGUCCCGCCCUGCGCCGGCCACGGGGUCUCUGCCCUCUGUGCCCGCUGCCCAUCGCCCCCCGACCCACUCCCGGGUGCCCUCCGAGCGAGGCCUUGCGGGAAGACGGCACAUCCUGCAGCCCGGGCAGCUCCACCCGUCUGGAGACGAGACGCCAACCCAGCCUCCCCGCGCGGGCACUGGGGUCCGGGACCCCUCCUCCACGGUGGCCCCGGGCGGGGCUGGGACCCCCGCGCCCUGA